GUUGUGUUCUCGGGCAUUGCUGGUUUUCGAUGGCUCUUGAGAAUGGCGACAUCAACACUUACAUUGCGGAGCUCACUAGAGAAGCACAAUGCUACUUUCCAGACGCUACUGAAGCUCAUCCCUGCAAAGUACUAUUUGAUGCAGGACGAUUCGGAAGAGCAGGCGAAUCAGCAUGAUCGAAACCGUCAUCGACUUCAAAACGAAUCCCUGCAAACGGCAGAGCAGAGUGGUUCAAGCAAGAAGAGUAAGGGCAAGCAAAAAGCAGACGCAGCCACGCAAGGUCCGGGUUCUGAUGGAGAUGCUAUGGACGUGGACGUGAUUGUCGAUGUCGACGGCAGCAUCGAGGCACUCAGAGAGAAACUGCACGCAAGGAUGGCGGAGCUACGGUGUGGAGGGAAGGGGGAUGGUGGUGGUGGGGAGGCAGGGAGUAGGGAUGAGCUGCUGGAGGAGCGGUGGAAGCAACGGGCGGCGAUGAGAGAGAGGCGGAGGAAGGGAACAAAGGAGAAGAUCAAGCAUGAGGAGGAGAUGAAGGGCAAGAACGGAAAAGAGAAGCACAAGGGACCGCAGACGAAGAGGGAAGAUGCUGACGAUGAUAAUGAUCAGAUGCAAUUACUAGUUCAGGAUCAAGGCUCGUCAUCGAAUUCAGGUCCAUCACAAGACCCCAAGUCGAAGUAUGCCACCGUCGCAUUCUCUGCGGUCACCGGUAAUCCGAGCAAGAAGGCGGACCACCUCAAGACGGUCUCAAAUCCUGCCCAGGUGUUGGAGCAGCUUGCAGCAUGCAAAGAAAGGCUCGCAGCGAUGCCAGAGGAAAAGCGCAAAGCGAUUGAGGAGCGCGAAAAGUGGGAAAAGGCGGAGGCGUGAGGAUGAACGCAAGGAGCAAGUUGAGACCACAAUGGUCGCCAAGCAGAAGAAAUGCGCGGAUAAUAUCGCGAUGCGCAGUGAGAAGAGGAACGACAAGCGUUAGGGCGUGAAGACAAAGGGCAAGGGUCGGCCGGGUUUUGAGGGCAAGUCAUUUGGAAAGGGCAAGAAGUGGUGUCCUUCGACUCUUUAACUACAGUGUGAUGCGCUGUCUCGUCGAGCACACUUCAUGUGUACAUGAUUCAUCGAGAGCACUGGCUUGAUUGGAA